AUGAGUAGCUCGUUAACUCCAAUGCCAUUCAUACAGUUUAAAAGCUACCAGACAGAACUUUAUGCAUGGGCUUCUUCACCGGAUAACCUCCCGAACAUAGCGGUUAGGUUUUCACCAAAAGAGAAUUACUAUAAAGCUGUAAAUGUAAAGGUGAUCGAUUUUCAAGAACAAAAUCAAUUACCGGAACAAUUGCACAGUCUGAUUCCAGACAGAAAUGGCUGUCUUCAUGCUCAUAUUCAUAAGUACCAAGAGGAUAAUACGUUCGCCAAACACAGCGUUCAGAAACGCUCUCCUCAUUUAUCGGUUCAACAACUUUAUGUGUCUGAUAGUUCUAGAACUGUUAGGGACGUCUUUCAGAAACCGGGCAUUCUCGAAGAGCGGAAUGAACCCGUCAGUAGUUCAAAGUGGCAAAAUGAUAAAUCUCAUAACCACAGAUCGAUACAUGAAGUAGCUACUUUAAUUGCCGUAUUUAAACGGAUUGGACAAACACUGCGAAUUAAGAGUGAUGAAUCAUUCGCGGAAGACAAUAAGCUUUCAGCAAGAAUCAACUUGAAUUUAAAAAUUCAUACUGCACAUAACCAUACACUAAUAAAUUUGAAAAAGUGUAACAUUGCAGGAGGAAUAACAGCAGUAACAGGACCUAUUGGCAGUGGCAAAAGUCUUCUGUUAAAAGUCCUGACAAAAGAAUACAAAAAUGUAGAAGGCGAUUUAGAAGUCGUUGGCAGCAUUUCUUACGCAUCUCAAGAACCCUGGCUUUUUCCAUCGACCAUCAAACAGAACAUCUUAUUUGGAAGUAGUUACGACGAAAAUCGUUACUUAGAAGUUUUACGAGUUUGUGCUCUACUUGAAGAUCUAAUUUCUUUAAGCGAUGGUGAUUCCGCCCUUGUAACUGAUGGCGGAGCUAAUCUAAGUAAAGGGCAACAAGCUAGAAUAAAUUUAGCGCGGGCUGUUUAUAAAGAACGUGACAUAUAUUUAUUAGAUGAUUGCCUGGCUAGCUUGGAUGCAAUUGUUGCAGAUUUUGUAUUUGAGGAAUGCAUUAAAAAAUUUUUGAAAGACAAAAUAGUGAUCUUGGUUACACCAUCUGUAAAGUACGCCAACAGGUCUAACAACGUCAUAACAAUGAAAAAUGGUAAAAUGCACCCGAUCCAGUGUAAAACCCCAAAAAGUACGGAAACUAAAAGUAUGAUAUAUAUUGAAAAAGAUAAAGCAAAGAGCGGAAAAGAAGAGUCAAUUGUGGAAGAAAGCUUUGACGAUGAAACCCCACUGAUUAAAAACAACAAAGUGAUGAAAGAACUAUACACGGAAACGAAAGUAAAAGGAAAGGUUCAAUUCGAAACUUACAAAAAGUAUAUUAAAGAAAAUGGAGGCAUGGUCAAAAUGUCUUUAGUUUUACUUCUCACCGGAAUAAUUCAGUUUCUGAAAAGUUCAAUCAAUCAAAUGGAAUCCGUUUGGAUAAAUGCGGAACAAUAUUUUGUCGGAACAGUUGGAGUUAUUAUUCUCAUAGCUACAGUUAAUGCAUCGUUCCUAAUUCCAUGUAUUCUGAUUAGUGUAUUCUUCGUUUUAGUACAAAUGUUCUACUUAAAAACUGGAAAUGCCUUAAAACGGCUGGAAUUCUUAACACGAAGUCCUUUAAUUGGAUACAUCAAUGCUACUUUAGACGGAUUGACAACCAUAAGGACCUCAAAAAUUCACGAUACACUGCGAAAAGAAUUUGAUCAACAUCAAGAUUUGCAUACUUCCUGUUCUUACAUGUACACAUGUUGUGAGAAAGCAUAUCACAUGAUACAAACAGCCGACGAAAUAAUUCUCCUUUCUUUCGCAAUUAUCCUUUUCUUAGCACUAGAUGACAAAAUGGCAGCAGGAAAAGUUGGACUUGUUUUGUCGCAAAUAUUUAGUUUGGGAACUUCAGAGCAUCUCUUUUAUCGUACGAUGACUAGAUUUGAUAAUCAAAUGAUAACAGUAGAAAGAGUUUUGGAGUACAUUAAACAAAAACAAGAAAGCAGAGAAGGUUUAAUAAUGGAACAUUGGCCAAAGGAAUGUGAAAUACGGUUCAAAGACGUGUCCCUUUCUUACAAGAGCGACCAAGACCAUGUUUUAAAACCUUUAAAUUUCGCCAUAAAAAAUAAACAAAAAGUUGCCAUCGUCGGUAGGACUGGUUCAGGAAAAACGUCAUUAAUUUCUACACUCGUCCGACUUUACGAUUUCGAAGGAACCAUUUUUAUUGACAACGUAGACAUCAAAACACUUCCACUGGAUUUCCUCAGAUCAAAAAUAUCUGUAGUUCCACAAGAACCUACCAUGUUUUCGGGGACCUUACGCGAAAAUAUUGAUUCCACAGGAAAACAUUCAGACGAUGAUAUUUGGAAAGCUAUUUCAACCGUAAAUUUGUCACUCUUUGGAAAUUUGGAUGAGAAAAUUGACAUGAAUUUGAGCAUUUGUCAAAAACAACUCAUUUGUGUGUGUAGAGCUCUCGUUCAGCGUAACAAAAUUGUAAUUUUUGACGAAACUAAUGCCAGUGUAGAUUCCGAUACUGAAGUUUUGAUACAAAAAAUAAUAUCAGAAAUUUUUGCUGAAUGUACAGUCAUCGCAAUUAUGCACAAAUUGCGUCACAUUUUAGAUUUUGACCUAGUGUUAGUUCUAGAUAAGGGUGUAAUUAUUGAGUCUGGUGAUCCGUCUAGUUUGUUGAAGAAAAAAAAUGAAUGUGUAGACGCUUUUAAAGAAUUCACCAAAUGCAUUAACGAUAUCUUGCGGUGUUUCAAUGUUAUCGAUAGUACCGAUAGUAAUAGUGGAAAAAUAUACCUAAAUGGUGGAGCUUGUCAAGUCCAGUGUCAUUCAUACAAUUUAAAAGCUAGCGUCAACUAG